AAACGGGCAAUGGAGCAGAGACUUCAUCAGUGCUUCGGUCACUUAACUGAUGAGAGAGUGUGAUCGUCAACAAACGAUUCCUCCCAACCGUUCCAAGUUCCAUUGUGCCGCCGUUUCUGUCCCUCUGUACUUCAAAGGGCCCAGUCAGAUUGGACCCGACACAAUGUCGUCGGCUUUGGCCUCACUCACCGCCGAUUACACGGACUCCGAAGAGGAGCAUGAGGAUUCGCCCGAGAAACAACCUGGGAUCGCCCCGUCGGCGGCCACUGCUCCCGCCCAGAACACACCCCAACCCAGCGGCUCCAAUCAGGGCUCGGCCGUGUCCACUCCUACCAAAACCAACAAGACCCGCCUGGUAUCCUACGUGGAAGAAGAUGGCUUAGAUGAGAGCAAAACUGAGGGCGAAGAAGACGACGACGACAACGACAAAGAGGCUUCCAAUACAAUUACGGGUGAGUCCAUGGCAGAUGCGGCCACGGCCUCGGCCGAGGAUCCAGGUAGCUCACAAGUGGUUCCUAUGGAUCUGGACUCGGAUCAAGACAACUCGAAUCCGGACAGUCAGACGGAAGCAGGUCGGGCAACACGCCAGCCGGAGACUGACCACCCGCCCAAUGACGAGGACAACGAGGAGCAGGAAGAGACCUUGAACUCGUCGACCGUGGAGGUGGAGGCUUGGAGUGGCGGGGUGCAACUCCCGCCCGAGCCCGCGGGUAUGUGUGAUCCCCGACUGCAGAAGAGCAUCCAAGACUUGUACAAACGGAAGAUGGAGCGCGGGUUCGACAUGAACGCCUACAUCCAGCAAAAGAAAAGUUUUCGCAAUCCCAGUAUUUACGAGAAGCUCAUCGAGUUCUGCGGCAUCGACGAGCACGGCACCAAUUUCCCCAAGGACCUCUACGACGGCCAUCUCUUUGGCCAAGAGUCGUACUACGAGGAGCUCCGGAAAGUUCAGGACGCUGACAUUGAGCGGCGGGAAAAAGCCGCCAAAAAAAGCAAGUCAGAUGCGGCUUCGUCCGCCUCAAUUCGUCGCGGAGAUGACUCCAACUCGGCCUCGUCGCUCUCAACCACAAAACGGCGAUCCAAGUGGGAUCAAGCUGCGCCUUCGGUCGCGCCCUCGGGGGCGUUAGCCAAGACGAUAUCCGCCUUUGGCCCGCUCAAAAAGUAAAUCCCGUUCUCGCCCGCGAUCAUGGCUCUGAUAUUCAAAUAUAUUGAUGAAUUGAAUCACA